AAAAAUAUCUGCUAAAUAAAUAAAUGUAAACAUCACAGAGUUGAAAUGCAAUCUGUUGAUUUAAUAGAAGAUAUUCAACUUGGCAUGCAGCAAAAUGUACAAAGCGGAUUGUACAGGGGAUGUUCUGUUACCGUAAAAGUGCUUGUCUGUUUGAAACAUUUAAAAAGUUCUGCAAAAUAAUUAUAACAAAAAAAGAAAUUGCAACGAUAACGGUAACCAUCAUUGUAGUUUUGGUUAAAGUUAUUCUUAAGGUAGGUGCUCAAUAUGCGUUGGAAUAAUAAAUAAAUAAUAAAAAAAGGAGGUGGGCUAAAUCCAGCUGUUUUGGAGAUAUCGAACACUUUCGUGGGAAUGACGCUCAGCGAACCGAACGCCUGCUGUGUUCCUGGCCCACACGUGUGGGACGAGAAGUGGAGCAGCUGGAGAAGGCAUCUCCCAGCACUCAUGUGCUCUGGAAAAAUAACGGGGGCGCAACUGACAUGUUUCGGUUCCAGCGCCAUCGUUUAUGGCCACGGCUCUACGAUACGUGUGCGGCAGGAAGCAGGGAAGCGCCUCUGAAUAAUUGAGUCGACGCACAAAGUGACUGGGAUUAAGCGAAUCGUGUGGAGAACUUGGACUGCGGGCGCGUGCUGCGGAAGUCACCUCGGGCUGACGAUGCGGCGGACGGCGUUCGCUCUGCUGCUGCUCCUGUCCCACGCGUGUGUGCGGGAGGCCUCGGCCAGGCGGGACAAAGGCCACGUGUCCGUGGUGGUCGUGGGCGCCACCGGCGACUUGGCCAAGAAGUACCUGUGGCAGGGUUUCUUCCAGCUGUAUGCUGAGCAGGUCGGCAGCGGCCACAGCUUCUCCUUCUACGGCGGCGCUCUUUCGGAGGCCGAAAAGGGCGCGCCGGCGCUCUUCCGGAUCCUGAAGGGCCUGGAGUGCCCCUCGGGCGUCUCCGAAGAACGAUGCGCGCUCUUGAAGGAUCGGUUCCCGAAGCUGGCCCAGUACCGCCGGCUGGACGCCGCGGAGGACUACGCCGCCCUGGCCGAGGACGUCAGGCUUCGGCUGGCGCGGGAGGACCUGGCGGAAGCCGGCCGCAUCGUUUACCUGUCCGUGCCGUCGUUCGCGUACGCCGACAUCGCCGACAAAGUGAACCGGAGCUGCCGACCCGGCCCCGGGGCUUGGCUCCGGGUGGUGCUGGAGAAGCCGUUCGGACGCGACCUGGACAGCGCUCAGGAUCUGGCUGCGGAGCUCGCAAAGUCGCUGAGGGAGGACGAGAUGUACAGAAUAGACCAUUACCUGGGCAAGCAGGUCGUCUCUCAGAUCUUGCAGUUUAGGAAAGACAACCGGAAGUCCUUGGAGCCCAUCUGGAACAAGCACCAUAUUGAGCGAAUCGAGAUCGUCCUGAAGGAAACCCUGGAUGUUAAAGGCAGGAUUCAGUUCUACGACCAGUACGGCGUUAUCCGGGAUGUGAUGCAGAACCACCUGACCGAGGUGCUCGCCCUCCUGACCAUGACGGUGCCGGCCGACCUGAGCGGCAGCCAGGAGAUCCUGCGACGCAAGCUGCGCCUCCUGAGCACUUUGCAGCAAAUGGACCGGGUCAGUGCCGUCAUCGGCCAGUACCAGGCGUACGGCGCCGAGGUCCGAGAAGAGCUGAAUGCGACCAAGGACCACGUCACCAUCACGCCCACCUUCGCAGGGGUUGUGGUCUAUGUGGACAACGCCCAGUUUGAGGGUGUUCCCAUCUUCAUGAUGUCGGGCAAAAUGCUGGAUGAGCGCGCGUCCUACGCUCGUGUUCUUUUCAGAAAUGAGGUCUUCUGCGUCCAGGACCCCGGCAGCCUUCACUGCAGGCCCAGGCAAAUUGUAUUCCACGUGGGACAUGGCGACCUGCAGCACCCAGCCAUUCUUGUGAGCAAGAACCUGUUUCAACCGGCCUUGCCGGACCACGGCUGGAAGGAGGUGAAGGGACAGAAAGAAGCCUUGUUCGGCCUGCCUCCGUCGGACUAUUACAUCCACGUGCCCACACCGCACACGGAGGCGUACGCUGUUCUCAUCUCCCAGGUCUUCCAUGGCAGGAAGGAUAACUUCAUCAGUACAGAGCACCUGCUGGCGUCCUGGACCUUCUGGACGCCCCUGCUGCACAGAUUGGCACGCCAGGUCCCGCGCGUUUACCCUGGCGGCGCCGCGAACGAUAACCUUCUGGAUUUCCAGCUGCAGGGGCGGGGCAUCGCCUUUGCCACCGAAGCUGUGGUUCUGAGCUCCCAGGACCUGGGUGGAGGAGCAGCAGCUGCUGAGAACUUCCAGGUGAUGCAGGGCAAGUACCGCAACUCAGACAUGGUGUCGGCGUGGGCCGAGGAGCUGGUACGGCAGCUUGCGGCCGACAUACAGGCAUCCGCAGAGGAGGCUGUAGCGGAGGGCGGGAUGUUCCACCUGGCGCUGUCGGGUGGCUCUAGCCCGCUGGCUCUAUUCCAGAGGCUCGCUGUGCACCACUACUCCUUCCCCUGGCGCCACACGCACGUGUGGAUGGUGGACGAGCGCUGCGUGCCGCUGACGGAGCCGAGCUCCAACUUUCACACGCUGCACGAGCACCUGCUGCGGCACGUGCGGAUGCCCUACUUCAACGUCCAUCCCAUGCCCGUGCAGCUCAACCAGCGGCUGUGCGUGGAGGAGGACGGCGGACCGCUGGCCUACGAGAGGGACAUCGCCCGACUGGUCAACGGUUCCAGCUUUCACUUCGUCUUGCUGGGAGUGGGCUACGACGGCCACACGGCUUCGCUCUUCCAGGGCACCCAGCUGGAAGCCCACGGGGACAAGCUGGUGGCCUUGACGGAGAGCCCCGCGAAGCCCCACCAGCGCAUGAGUCUCACGCUGGCUGCCAUCAACCGAGCCCGGAGGGUGGCCGUGUUGGUAACCGGUCGGGGGAAGCAUGAGAUGAUCACCCAGCUGAGCCGGGUGAAAGACGACCCUCGGAAGUGGCCCGUCACCGGUAUCAAACCUGCCAGCGGUAAGCUGGUGUGGUACAUCGACUACGAAGCUCUCCUAGGAUGAAGGCCUACGUCUGUUUGUUUUCUCACGCUGGAAGUCCGGGACGCUGCGUGACGGCACAAACGCUUUCAAAGUGAUUCUGUUUCCGCCUUAACUUCUGUAAAGGACUCUUUCCUUCUGAAGCUCCUUUGCAAACGCUGAGACAAUUUUCAGGGAUGAUUGACUUUUGAUCAGUGUUAGAUCCAAAUAUGUCGGAAUCAGUUCUACAUAUAUUUUUCCAUACAUUUUGAUUUUGUGUGGGUGUAUGAGUGCGUGUAUUUGGUUUGGUGGCACAUGCUUAUUUUCUCAAUUUCGGUGCAUUAGCAUUAGAGUGUGGACAAGUUGAACGCGUGUAAAAAGUGGAUCCGAAUAAUUUACUAUUCAUAUGCAAAUCGUACUAAUUAGUGCAGUUUUUGAACGUUGAUGGCUGUUAAAGGGCAGUUAUGUAUCCGUCAGACACGAAAGAUAAACGAUCUGAAAUGUUCCGCGCUGACUGGUUUAUCAGUGUGGAAAAUACAACACGAGGGAGGAAUUUUGCACGGCCUGCAAGCUGUAAGCAUGUGACGGGACCGUGGGAGGGGUUCGUUUGCCAGCCAGCAAAGAUAACCUGGAUGACAUCAGCCAUCAUCAGAAACUCGGGUUAUAGCCAUUGGGUAAUAACGUUUGAACUUGAAUCAGCUGUAUGACUCAACCAGCUCUUUGCAAGGACACCUUUACUACCUGAGCUACUCAUUGGUUUCAUGACGAAAUAUUUGUUUUAGGUGAAAAUUUGAAAGUGACUUUUUUUUUUUUUUAGUGUAGGAUAUUUCUUUUAUCCUGAAAACUUCUGUGAUAUGUUUUUGAAUACCUCUUUCAGGUGCUCCAGCCCAACAAAAAAAAAAUGCUUUGAUACAUAAACAGUUAAAGAGCAUUUCAGAAGUUGUAUUUGAAUAAAUAACAAUACUCAA